CGUUUCCCUCCCUCCCCGCCAGAGGGUUUUUAGUCCCGUACGAGUGGGAGGCAACGCAGAAGUUAAGCCAAAGCGAAGCUUCAGAAAUCCCCCAGAAAUGGAGUCCCUAGCGAAGGUCCAUCAACGCCCACACCCUCUGCAUGUUUCUCUCUAUCGCCGUCCAGCAUUUACGAGACCCGUUUCCUCCGUCUCGUCCCACAGGACCUCCUCAAAGUUGAGAAUGUCUAUCAGUAUCAGAGCCUUCUCUACGCCUAUCUCUUCGAAACCACAAGAUCUCCAUUAUUCUAGUCCUCCGGUUGAAGUCCUAAAACCGCUCGCCUCUCUUCUCAAAACCACCUGCAUCGCUUUGGCUGCCACCGCGCUCUUCUUCAACAGUUUCAGUAAGCCCUCAUUUGCCGCCCCCGUCGCCCAACCCACUGUUGAGUCCACCAAAGACACAUCCGAAUCUGAUUACGAAGAAGAGAAAGAGAGAACCCUCGAAGAGUAUUUGGAGUCCAAUCCCGCCGAUAUUAAGGCGCUCAGAUCCCUCAUGGAGGUUAAGAUCAAAGCACGCAAGCUUCAGGAAGCCAUCUUCGUGAUUGAUAGAUUGAUCGAAAUUGAACCCUCAGAGACUGAAUGGCCUCUACUGAAAGCCCAUAUUCAGAAUUACAGCGGAGACAUCGAAUUAGCCAAGUUAGGGUUUGAAGAGAUUAUCUCUAAGGAUCCCCUUCGUGUUGAAGCAUACCAUGGGCUAGUAAUGGCAACCUCCCAGUUAGAGUCGGGAGACUUGGGAGACGUCUUGAAAAGGAUUGAGAGCGCAAUGGAAAAGUGUAAGAAGGAGAAGAGGAAGGAGGAUUUGAGAGAUUUCAAAUUGCUGGUUGCUCAGAUUAAGGUCAUUGAGGGUAACUACACGGAUGCUCUGAAGGUUUAUCAGGAGCUUGUAAAGGAAGAGCCAAGGGAUUUCCGACCAUAUCUCUGUCAAGGGAUUAUCUAUACUUUAUUGCAGAAGAAAGAUGAGGCUGAGAAGCAGUUCCAGAAGUAUCGACGACUCGUUCCAAAGGAGCACCCCUAUGCUCGUUUCUUCGAUGAUAAUAUGCUUGCGACCAAAGUUUUCUCACAAAUGGCGGAGGACCAGAAAACAGGUUCGAAGAGCUGAGAAAUGGGUGUUGUUCUUAUAGUUUUUGAAUAACAGGUUUCAGUUUCAUCAUCAUUAGCAGGGUGGUGUUGUAAAGUUGGCUUUUCUGCUUUACUCUCUUUGUUUAUUUUUGUAGCGAUGCUUUUGAUUCUUAGUCUCUUCUUAGCGUGGCCAAUUUUAGAGGUGUCAUAAAUCAAUUUUGUUGUCGGCCAUGAAAUUUAUUGAGUUCUUGGUUAUUGUCUAUUAUUUUGGGUGUUCCUUUACAUGGCAGUGGCAUUGUAUGAGCUGUUUAUGGUUUAUUGUCGAUUCUUAGUAAAUGAUGUUAUACUA